CUUGAAUGGAUGCUAAUUGGCUGCCCAAGUGAAAUCGGUUACUUUGUUUCAACAACUCGUGAUAAAGAAAUUAAAACUGGAUCUACAAUUCUAAGGUCAGAUAAUUUAGCAACAAUACAACAAUGGUCUUGCCGAAUAAAUCUUGACAGAUCUCUUUCUCCAUCUACUGUUGUUUCACUCAACGUCGAAUAUCCCACUACACGAAAAACGCCAAUUUUCAAAGCAAGUUAUCAGAUAUUACAAAAAUUUUAUCCAACUAUCGAGAUAAGAGUAGAGCCAAUCAAGAAUGAAUAUUUUGAAUUUUUGAAUGAGGGUGAAGAGAUUGCGAUUACAAUUCUAUGGUGUGUCUUAUUUGAAGGAUUACAAGGCGUUUUUAAUCAACAAGGAUAUCAUCAAGACGAACUCUUCCAAAAUUCUAAUUAUCAGGAAUAUCAUCAAGAC